AUGUUUGCAGCCCACUCUAAACAAAUACUUCUUCUCUUCCAUUUCUCUGUCUUUUCUAUUGUCUCGUUCGGUGAAGCGUACUUUCUUACCAUGGACGGCGCAGGUAUUGAUCUCUAUGAAAUUCUCGAAGUUGAACAUGGCGCAUCAAAGGAUGAAAUCCGAAAGGCAUAUCGCAAAGCGGCAUUAGCGAGCCAUCCCGACAAAGUCCCCGAAGCGGAGCGAGAAGCGGCGGAGAUCAAGUUCAAAGCGGUCCAGCAAGCAUAUGACAUUCUUUACGAUGAGGACAAACGCCAUCUGUACGACACGCAUGGUAUGAGCGCUUUUGAUGGAUCAGGAAACCCCGGUAUGGGUGGCGGACCGGACUUGGACGAUAUACUAGCCCAGAUGUUUGGAGGCAUGGGUGGUAUGGGAGGUAUGCCUGGUCACGGAGGAGGAGGACGACGACCGCCCAAACCUAGAAAGAGCCCGGACGAAGAAACAAAAUACGAAGUGAGCCUGGAAGAUCUUUACAAAGGAAAAACCGUCAAAUUUGCCAGCACCAAAAACGUGAUCUGUGGACUUUGUAAGGGAAAAGGUGGAAAAGACAAGGCUGUUGCAAAAGAAUGUUCGACUUGUGGCGGACAAGGAUACAAGGAAGUGCUUCGCCAAAUGGGUCCCAUGUUGACUUCGUCUAUGGCUCCUUGCACUGUGUGUGACGGACAGGGCAGUUUUUUCGCCACAAAAGAUAAAUGCAAAAAGUGCAAAGGAAAGAAGGUCACGGAGGAGAAGAAGAUGCUUGAAAUAUACAUCCCUCGAGGAGCCAAAGAAGGAGAUCGUGUCGUUUUGGAAGGAGAAGCGGAUCAAGUACCCGACCAAGAACCAGGCGACAUUGUGUUCCACCUUGUUGAGACCGAACAUCCGAUUUUCCGUCGAGCCGGUCCUGAUCUAACUGCUGAUCUCGAAAUCACUCUUGCCGAAGCCCUGGCUGGCUUCUCUCGGGUGGUGCUCAAACAUUUAGACGGACGAGGCAUUGAGAUCACCCAUCCAAAGAAACCAGGCGAUGUCCUCUCCCCAGGACAGGUCUUGAAAAUCCCCGGAGAAGGAAUGCCACUCAAGAAGAGCGAUGCUCGUGGAGACUUGUACCUGAUUGUCGAUAUCAAAUUCCCCGAUAAGGAUUGGACACCAAGUCCUGAGACCUUGGAGAAACUUAGAGAAAUCUUGCCAAAAUCAACACAACCACCAAUCACAACCGAAUCCGUGGAUGAAGUCGACUACGAAUCCGAUGCUGAUAUUGAAGCAUUCGGUCAGGGCGACCCCCGAGGAGGUUCCGGAUGGCAAGACGAUGAUGAAGAAGGCGAGCCAGCGCAGUGCGCGACUCAGUAG